UCUGUGUAUUUGACACCCAUCCCCAGGGCCAAACAUGAAGUGUUCAAAUUCUCAACCUAAGGGUGAUACUAGGCGAUCAAAUGCUCCUGAGACAGUCACAUGCAUGGUGGACUGGAAAAGAAAGAAAUUAACCCUGGAACACUCGUGCUUAGUUUUGAUGUAUUAUCAAAAUAAGAAUCUAUCUCGUUCCCAGGGUCUCUCAUCUUACUGCCCCCUGGAGCCUGCGAGGAGGGGGCGGGAGAGACUAAGAAGAGAGAAUAAGAAUGUGAUUUUAAAAUAGUGUCACCCACGUGCCCGCGAGGCGACUGGGAACGAGUCAGAAGAAAAACAUGGCGGAGGAACUGUCGAGGGUUCGUCCGGAGCAUAAGUUUGAUGAGGGUGCCCUUCAGGAAUAUCUCAUACGAAACUUGCCAGGUUUUCCCCGAAAUCAUGGAGAGUGGACUGUUCUACAGUACAGGUCAGGUCAGUCUAAUCCAACAUUUUACCUGGCUAAAAAUGGAAAAGAGUUUGUUCUCAGAAAAAAACCACCAGGCAAAUUGUUGAGAGGGGCCCAUCAGAUUGACAGAGAAUUUAGAAUUCUGUCUGCCCUGCAUAGUGUUUCAUUUCCAGUACCCAAGCCUUAUUUGUAUUGUGAAGAUGUUUCAGUCAUUGGUACAGAAUUCUACAUCAUGGAGCACGUCAAGGUAAAGACUGAAUCUUAUUCAAUUCAUGAAAACUGGUUGUACUUGUAGUUCUGGUAAUUUAAU